CCAAUCUCACAUAUGCCCACAGAUAUACACAAUGUCUAACUACAUCGGCAAGACCAUCUCGUUGAUUUCCAACAAGAGCAUCCGCUACAUCGGGAUUCUCGACAACAUCAACGGUGAGGAAGGGACCGUGGCGUUGAAGCAGGUCAGAUCCUUCGGUACCGAAGGCAGACUCGGCGGCGAUAUGACCAAGGAAAUCUUGCCUACCGAUGCUGUUUACGAAUACGUGGUUUUCAGAGGCUCGGACGUGAAGGAUUUGACCGUUUUGGACGUUCCUAUUGACCAGGUGAAGCCGGAGCCAAUCCAGGCCGCACCACAAUGGGCUCCCCAGGCCUACCAGCAGCCACAGGAGCCCGAAAAAGCGCCAGAACAGGCAUACCAGCAGUACCUGACGCCAGCCCCCGUUGUUUCCCCAGUCUCACAGGUAGAGUCCCCGGUUUCAUCUGGGGUUUCCCAGGUUGCCCCGGUGGCCCAAUCUCUGGGGGCUCCGAGAGAGGUCUCAAGUGAGGCCCAAUACUCCCAAAGAGAGACUCAGAACAGAGAUGCUCCAAACUACCGUCAAAACAACCGCCAACAGUACAACAACAACAACAACAACAACAAUGGUAGUGGUAACAACACCCGUCGUCGCUCGUCAGCGCAGCCGCAGAUUCCAAACGACGCGUUCGACUUUGAGGCCAACAACGCCAGGUUCCAGAACGAUAACGAACCGGUUCAGGAGACCGCCCCGCCUACCUACAACAAGACAUCGUCCUUCUUCGAUACCUUGUCUUCGUCCACCGAGGGUGGCUCUAAUGGUAUGAGGUGGGUUGAGGAAAAGAACCUCAACUACGACACCUUCGGUCAGUCCAGUUUGUCUAGAGGCAGAGGCAACUACAGAGGUGGCAGGGGUAACGGUAGAGGCAGAGGCAACGGUAGAGGCAGAGGCGGAAGAGGCAGAGGCAACUUCGGCAGCUCUGACGCCAAGCCUGAGUGGGCGUAGAUUCCACGGUAUAUAAAAUAAGGUCUUUUUGUCCCUUCCACGUUUUUAUAUAUUUGUAUAUUAGACUUUCUGAUUGACAGAGUAGGAAUGGGAGCUCGAACUUGGUUAUAUGUUCUUGUUCUUGUAUGUGACUCACCGUCGGAAAACGUACAGUUGCCAGG